AUGUUUCAGACAUGCCGCCUCUGGAAUCUCAGUAUUGCGAGCGUGCUAGCGUUAACACUGUCCAAUGUGUUCCUUACGGUGCGGUUGCUGCACAGCGGAGACUGCAACCAGUACAGCAGCGCUGUGGACGAAGGCGUCUCGAUGGUGCCGCGCGCCCCAAUACUGACACCGGCCACCUGCCUCGAGUACGUGCUGGCCGAAAGUCUCGCCAACAGUACGGAUAAGGCCGUCUUCUCCGGGCUGGAUCUCCGGUUGGGACGCUGGGAUACACGCCGUCUGUACAAGGUGUUCGACUUUGCGGUGGUAGGCGAACGAUUCCCAGAACUGUCCGAUAGUUACAGCGUGUGUCUAGCGACACAGAGCUCGCUAGAGAAGAUAUACUCGCUUGUCCAGGUGUCUCAUCACUGGUCCGGACCCAUCUCGACCGCGAUAUUUGCAGCCGGUAACGAUGAGCUGUACCUGCUGCAGAUCUAUCUCUCCUACUUGCGGGCCUGCUUUCGACCGAUCCGGGAGCGGGUUAGCUUUCAUCUGGUGCUGCCAAAGGAGCGCGCUCCAACGCAUCUGAAGAGUGUCCACGUAAGCGAUUUCACCAAGUUCGAUUGUGCCAAACCGGAAGCGACCCUGAACGAUUUGCUCAAGCUGCGCAAACCGGACACGAGCAAGUGGCGCAUCAAGAAUCCGUACCCGCAGAACCAUCUGCGCAAUGUCGCCCGGAAGGGUUGCCAGUGCAGCCACGUGUUUCUGACGGACGUCGAUAUUGUGCCGAGCGUUAACUUUGCCGAGCAGCUGGACAAGUUUCUGCGGAAGCAGAAACCCCACCAUCUGACGGCGUUCGUAGUGCCGACGUACGAGCUGGACGAGCGGGUACGGUUCCCGCGCAACAAGACUGACCUCAUACGGCUGGCAAACAAGGGCCUGGCGCGUCCGUUCCAUCACAAGGUGUUUAUCUACAACCAGUUUGCGACGAACUUUUCCCGGUGGCAGGCAGACGUUUCCGAAAGCGACGAAACGAAGGUGUCGCACAAUGUGACGAACUUUGAGUUUCUUUAUGAACCGUUUUAUGUUGCACCCGACACGGUACCGCCGCAUGAUGAGCGUUUCCUUGGUUACGGUUACACGCGCAAUACGCAGGUGUACGAAAUGUUUGUGGCAGGCUAUCAGUUCCAGGUGCUGACGCCCCUGUUUACCGUGCACUGGGGCCUGCAGAACAAAAAGAGCCGACCGGCGUGGCGCGAACGUCAGAACAACGUCAAUCGCAAGUACUUCGAGGUGUUUAAGCGCGAAGUGUUUGCACGCUACCACAAGGAUCCGCUGCGAAUGCUGCUGCCGAAGAAGUCCCCGAAACAGCAGCACGGACCGGGUGCGGUCGGUCCGGGUAUGGCCGGUGGGGCCGUUGUUGCGGUCGGUGCGGGGGAGAAGCAUUAG